AAACACAAGUUCAAUCAGUAGCAAUCAGCCAUACGCUCAGACUUCAGUGACCUGGCGUUUACCCGCGGGAAACACUAGCCCCAGUUGCUAGUGGUCUGACAGGCCGAGACCGAUUCAGUUCAGCUCAGUACAUCGGUCAGUGAAGAUUCGAAACAAUUUGCAACUCCAAAAUCCUCUUGCUCAAAAAUGUCUCUGGAUCAGAAAUUCGACGAAGCCGCCCUGAAGGUAAAAACGUUCACCAAACGUCCCACCGACCAGGAGCUGCUGGAAGUGUAUGCCCUGUUCAAGCAGGCCACCGUAGGGGACAAUGACACCGACAAACCCGGACUGCUGGACCUGAAGGGAAAGGCCAAGUGGCAGGCGUGGCUUGACAAGAAGGGAACCUCGAAGGAUGCUGCCAAGGAGGCCUACAUCAAACUGGUGGACGAGAUGGCAGUGAAAUAUCUGUGAGAGUCCUGCUCUUUUUUUCCUGCACCAACCAGAGCCAAAUCCAAAGAGGCAUCCAAUUAUAAAAUAAAUACAACUACCGAAACAACGAUGGGUGAAUUGUGAUGCUCAGCUCAAUCAUCAAAGCUUUAAAAUGUUUCUUCCGUGAGUUUUACGUAAAAUAUGACAGGGAUAAAGUUUUUUAUUACAUAA